GAACAACAUCAGUGCCGCAUAGCUUGCACGCCUUGAACGGAGCAAAAAGCUCGCAAGGAAGAAAAAAAAUAGAGAAGGAGUGGGGUCUAUACUCUUCCUCAUUUCUUCAUUUUUAAAUAUUGCCGUCCUUGUGUUGUUGCCUACAGCAGCCAUGAAUACACGGAGGAAGUUGGUGCAGGCGAAGCCGGAGCACCCGUCGACGCAGUGGCACCUGAUGAAAGAGUCUUUCUACCCUAUCUUCGAAGCCGACAAACGCGCACACGUAGAGUACUGGUACAACAUGGCUGCCACCGGCAUGCAGCGCGACCAAUUCCGUGCCAUCUGCAAGGGCAUCUACGAACAAGAUCCCGCCAAGCCCGACCCUGCCUAUGCCGCCGCACUCACUGAGACGGUGGAGAAAGAGGAGGUGCGACUCCUUCUGAAGAACUACGGUGUUGUGCUGUCCGAUAGCGAGGGCAAACCCAAGGCGCAGACGUGGCUGCUGCACUGCGGCACGUCGAGGCGCGACCGCAACGGCUUUCGUAGCGUCUUUGCGGGCUGCGGCACGAGCUAUGAGAGGCGCAGCGUCAUGCACACCGACUACGUCGCACCAGAGGCGGAGAACUACGCGAUCGACCGCACCCACUUUGUGCGAUCGGUGGAUUGGAACAGUCUGAAGAGCCGCGAGGAGAUGCAGGCGCUGGAGGCGGAGCGGCGUGCGUGUGGCGGUGCAGUGGCGAGCGAUCUCGACAAGCGGCCCUCGCUCAUUGAGGCAGAGCGACGCAACGCUGAGCACCAGAAGCCGCGCACGACGAAGCCGAAGAACCAGUUUGACGGCGUCAACGUGCUCGCCACUCUCGGGUACACCGACGCGCCGGCGGAGGAGGUCAUUGCGCGGCUGAAGGCGAAGCGCGAGGCCGAUCGCGACGCGGAGUGGUACUACGUAGACAAAGACGGCUGCACCGUGUACAAGGCGAAGGGUCUGAAGGGACACGCUGGUGGUCCGGCUGCCGGGACCGCGGCGGGAUCUGGCGAAGAUGGCGGCAUCCUCUCGACGGUGACGAGGGAGCCGAUGACACGGUGGGUGACCAAAACAUGCGACUAG